CGAGAUGGACAACACUAAGUAAUCUUUUUCUUUCUUUCCUGUUGUUCACAGGAGGAAGUGGAGAGCAUUACUGUCUGGUAGUGUAGUUGGGCCCAAGUACCUGGUUACAUUCAAUACUCAGACACGAUCCAAUCUGGAUCCACAAUCUCGGGAGCGAUUAGAUCGAUUAGAACUAGAUGUGGUGGAUGUGAUAGCACCAAUUUCCAAAAACUUGGUCGGAGCAAUGAGCGUUCAGCUUUCCCCUCAUUGUAAUGACGAGAGUGACAGGCGAGUACUCCCUUGUUUCUCUUUCCCUUUUUCGCCUUUGCUUUUCUUUCGUCGGCUGGUUUCGUUGGUUGGAGGAAACCGUCGUUGGCGGGCUGACCUCCCUGCCUGCCCAAGCAGUGGUAACUCGCUAUCACCUACAGCUACAUUGGACAGGUGACAUGACAGGCAGGACUAGCGGCCCGGAAUUCCAAAAGGCAGCUAAAAGACCGCUAGUUUCAGCGCCUCGGUGGGCCCAUGGGCUGAUCUUUUGGCGCUAUAAGGUGCGCUAUGAGAAUUGCCCGCCGAAUCUCAGAACCUUUCACCCGAAGACGAGCGGGAAUAGCUGCGUUGUGAGUGACAGGCAGGGAAAAGGGAAGCUUUCCAGAUUCCCCGGAUGUCAUGGUGGUGUUGGGAUAGGUGAUGAGUGCAACUACACUAUCAUUUUUUGUAUUGUUGUAGUGGUGAUGGUUGACGACCAAAGACGAGAAAAGAAAGGAAGAAAGAGACGAUAACUCUUUUCAGACAUUGGGCACCUAAAAGAGGGUGUAGAGGUGCAUGGAGAAU